CAUGGGCCCAAACACGAAUGUUACGCUCAAAGGCCGAAGCACUGCGCUCGCAUAUCGAAUUGGAAAGCAUGACUGUUUUCUGUUAGAAACUACAUCGGAAUCGCAAUCCGGAAACCCUCCAACAUCAUUUGCUCGAACAAGAUUCCGUUCUUCUCUUCAGCGAGCGUUACCAUAUUGUACUAUAUAUAUAUUGCCCGGGUUUAAAGCUUUAUAGGCUUCAUGGCGAGGAUUAAACCUCAAGCUCUGUUACAGCAAAGCAAGAAGAAGAAAGCACCCAGAAGUAUCAGUAUCCCCACAAUUGCAUUGUACAGCGUAGUUACUGUUGUUAUGGUGUUUUUCCUGUUUGCUACUUACAGACACUGGUCUCAAAGGUCAGUAAUGCAGACAGAGGAAGGAACAUCAAACUUUCAGGUUGAAGAUGACUUUUCAGAUUCAAAGAAAUCAGAUGUACCUAGAUAUGCUAUUUUUAACACUUCAAAAGGUUUGAUUACGGUGGAACUUUACAAGGAAGGUUCACCUGAAGUUGUGGAUGAAUUUAUCGAUGCGUGUCAGAAGGGACAUUUUAAAGGGAUGCUGUUUCAACGUGUGGUCAAACAUUUUGUAAUCCAAGGAGGCGACUCUGAGAAUCAUGCAGUUAUAGAGGACUGGACUUCCAGAGAGAAGCACUACAAUCAGCUGGAGAAAAGAUUAAAGCAUGAAGCCUUUAUGCUUGGCACCUCCAACAUGAAACACGAGAAAGAAGGAUUUGAUAUUUUCAUUACAACCGCACCCAUUCCAGAUCUGAAUGCAAAGCUUAAUGUGUUUGGACGUGUCAUCAAGGGAGAAGAUAUUGUUCAGGAAAUCGAGGAAGUGGACACAGACGAACAUUACAGACCUAAAUCUCGAAUUGGGAUCAUUGACGUGACACUGAAACAGAAGAUUUAAGGUCCCAGAUCCCAUAAAAUUGUUUGCUGAUUUUUUUUUUUUGGAGAUCAUCAUCAUCAUCAUUGUUUGUGUAUGUUAGUUACAAGAGUCGGUUGGUUGGUUUUAUCAAAUAGAGUUGUUGUUGUUAGUUGUUACUUUUAGGUCAGGUUUAUUGAGUUAUGGAUCGGAUUCCUGAAUUUGCUUUCUGCCAGAAUGGAUUCUAUGCAUACAUAUACACAGAUAUGUUAUUUUUGUUUGAUA